AGGAGGACAGGCAGACACAGCCAGCACACUGUCGGUGUCCAGGAAGCAGAGGGUCCCUCCCCGCAGCCUCCCCCCCGGUCCCCCCGGUCCCAUGGUUCUCCUCCGGCACAUCUCCAUCGCCCUGACCGCCGCCGUGGCCGCCCUGGGCUCCGCACUCUUCAUCGCCCUCAACUACUUCUACAAGAGGCGGAUAUGGUCUCCACAAGCGGAAUACUGCACGAUCAAGGAGGAGGAGGAGGACCGUGGGAAGCGCCAGGUCCUGGUCCUGGGUCUGGAUGGAGCUGGAAAGAGCAGCAUGCUUCAGGGCUUAACCCCCGGUGAGCCCGCCGCAAAGAGGGGCCACUGCCGACCCACCCGCGGCUUCAACUUCAUGAGCCUCAGCGCCCCCGCCUGCCAGCUCGACUUCCUGGAGAUCGGCGGUGGGGAGGACCUUCGGCGCUACUGGUCCGACUACCUGAGGAAGACUCACGUGUUGGUGUACGUUGUGGACUCGUCAGACAGAAGACGCCUCCCAUUGGCUAAAGCUGAACUGCACCGCCUCCUGAGGGUGGAGCCAUCACUGCCCGUGGUCGUCCUGGGAAACAAACAGGAUAAACCCAACGCCGUCAGCAUCUCCGAGCUCCACGAAGCCUUAUCUCUGGGCUCCGUGACCGAAGACAGAAAGCUGUUCCUGCUGGCCGCCCAGCUCGCCUCCGACAGCGCCCUGAGGAACUCCUGCCGCGGCCUGGAGACCUUCCAAGACCUCCUGCUCCAGCUCAUCUGAAUCCUCCGCUCCUCCACGAAGCAGAGGGCGAGGAGGCGGAGGGAGGGGGGAACAGAGGGGAGGCUUAGAGACCACGGGAUUCCAUCACGCACCUCUUCCUCCUCCUCCUCCUCCUCCUUCUCCGUCAUCGUUUUCGUCUUCACCUCCUGCAUCAUCUUCAUCCUUUUAAAACUACAUCAGAGUGUUUUAAAAAAGUUCCCAGACACCUCCUCUUCCACCUCCUCCACCUCAUUUUCCACUUUCUUGCUCAUUAGAGGAGGUGUGGAGCGAGGAGGACAGAAGGUGGGACCGACGAAUGAAGGUUUGUUCGUGAAAUCUGACUCAGACUUCGGAUCGGUCUCGACGUGGACCCGUGAUGGGGUUCAUGUGAGCUGAGAACAUGUAAAUGAUGGUGUAUAUAAAAUAUUAAUUGAAGUAUGUCACGUUUGUAGCUGCCUGUGCCUGCGUUUCCUUUUUAGACAUGUCAGCAGAGAAGAACAGAUAAUAUUAAUGCUUGGCAGGUUGGAGUCCCGGGAGACGAGAGCAGCAUCAGAGCGGCGAAUUAAUGAGCCGGGGUUUUAGGAGGAUACUCGCUGACUUCUGCACAGAGGCUUCACCGAGAUCUGAGGGAAUUUGGAGGGACCCCUUGACAUUUUUAAAAGCAGUGUGUUAUUUUUUUCUUCUCUCCCUCAGGUUGUGGGGGGGAAAGUUUCUACAUUUGUCCAAGACUUUCUCCAGAACAGCUUGAGAGUAUUUUUAGCAUUGUGUGUGUAUGUGUGUGUGUGUGUAUAUAUGUGUGUGUGUGUGUUGAAGCCGGUCUCCCUUAGGUUAUGUGUUUAGUGCCAAUAACGCUGCACAAUUUGCAGCAGUAUACUCAUCUCAUAAAAAUACGCCAUCUGCCUCAUCUGUUCGCACGUCAGACACAACAUUACUUUUCUGAAGUUGUGAAAAGCAGAAGCUGUUUUUCCCUCACUUUAAAAAAUUCUCUUUUAUAGUUUAACCCGUAAAGACCCAGCGCU